AUGCCCACUAUUCCAGCUGUUCUGUAGAGAAGUUGUGAAAGAAAGUUGCGCGUCUUCCUGGGAUCGGGAAUAUCUGCUUAGCAGGUUUUUUAUAAAUUGUUUUAGUUUGGUUCAUGUGGUUAUUGUGAGAUAAAAAAAAUAUUUCUGAAAUGUCUAGAAAUCUUAUUCUAGAUAUGUAUCUCUUCGUAUCAGAAGAUAUAGCUGACUCCUGUCAAUUGAUUUCCUGAACUAUUCUGUCGUCAGAAAGAUAAUCGUAGUCAGUUAUUUGAAUGUAAAUUCCCCCCGAAACUUUCAAGCGGUAUACAGUUGGCUUAGUGCUGCUGUUUAUUCUGUUGCGUACUCUGAUUACGACCCUAUUACGGCAUGGCAAUGGAAUGCAUCAAGAACUGCUGCAAAACCUUCCUAGGCAAAGACGCUGAGAUCGAACAGCAAGUGAUUACAAUGAAGAUGCACCCUGCCAGAGCCAUCUCAGGUGACCUCAGGAAGAGUAUAGGGGUAUCGGAGGACUAUCUCCUCUCUAAACUCCCACCGGGUGGGAAAGACGUUCCAUUUGUCAUCCCCACGUUCAAACCUUCCUACAUCCAACCACGAGGAUCACGUUACCUCGGCUACCAGACACCAGGGCUACACGGUUCAGCCAGGAGCACCUAUGCAGAGAGGAAGGCGGAGCUGUCAGGGGCCAGUCACAUAGUCUAUAACCCCGACUCCUCCCCCAACAUGUCUCCCGGAACAACACGACACAGCAAUCUGAAAAAGAGUCUCCGGGGCUCAGAAUCAGGUGGGAAUAUAAAGACUGGGAAUCUGAGCAAAUCCAUGUUUGACUUGUCCAACUCCAACCCUCCCAGCAACAUACAGCGUUACGACAGUGUGUCCAGUGUCCAGAGCAGCAGUGCGUCGUCCUCCCAGAGGGACUCCCUGGAGAACAGCCGUAGCCUUGAGUCCAUCACAUUGUCUGGAGACGAGAGAGACUUGGGGAAGGUGUGUGUCCGGCUGAGUUACCAGGAGGCCCUGGAGCAGGUGUGGAUCACGUUGGUACAGUGUAAGGAUGUGUCCCUCGCUCAGAACAGCAGUGAGCAGCAGAAGAUUAGCUUUAAAGGCAUCAUCACUAUGAGCAAACCGGUACAGUUCAAGAGCUCCGUCAAGGAAGGUUCUCCGGACACAGUCUUCAUGGAGACCUUUGUGUUUACGUUGCGACUGCAGCAGCUGCGUUGCUGUGCUCUGGUAUUCCGUCUGCAGACCCAUCACCCCAGGAAGAGGACGGUGGCAGAGUGUGUCCUCUCCCUCAGACAGCUGGGCCCUGAAGAGACACAGCACUGGAUGGAGCUCAGCCCCCCCUCCAAGACCACUGUGUGUCACGCUGAGCUGCACCUGGCCACCUGUUUCCAGCCCGUUAACGGACGCAUCCAACUGCAGGUUCUCGCUGCCCAGAAUCUCCCUGCUCCACUCCGGCAGGCGUUCUUUGUGAAGAUAGAGAUGCAGCAGUCGGGCAGGGUGGUGAUGAAGAAGAAGACUCACACCCUGAAGUCCUCCGGAGGUCAGCUGACCUGGACUGAGUCUUUCUACUUCCCCUUAGCUCUGGACCAGAGCUUCCUUCUGUCAGUCAAACUCUACAGUCACCGCUCUGUCAGACGAAAACACUUCCUCGGACAGGUUCACCUUGGCUUCGACAGCCCAACGCAGGAAGCAGCAGAGCAGUGGAGGGACAGCAUGUCUCACCCCGAGAGGGUGGUGGCUGUAUGGCACAGACUCAACGGGUCCUGAAACGCCUGUAGAAAUUCACACAGCCUGUAGAAACUCACACAGCCUGUAGAAACUCACACAGCCUGUAGAAACUCACAUAGCCUGUAGAAACUCACACAGCCUGUAGAAACUCACACAGCCUGUAGAAACUCACACAGCCUGUAGCAACUCACACAGCCUGUAGCAACUCACACAGCCUGUAGCAACUCACACAGCCUGUCACAGCCUGUAGAAACUCACACAGCCUGUAGCAACUCACACAGCCUGUAGCAACUCACACAGCCUGUCACAGCCUGUAGAAACUCACACAGCCUGUAGAAACUCACACAGCCUGUAGAAACUCACACAGCCUGUCACAGCCUGUAGAAACUCACACAGCCUGUAGAAACUCACACAGCCUGUAGAAACUCACACAGCCUGUCACAGCCUGUAGCAACUCACACAGCCUGUCACAGCCUGUAGAAACUCACACAGCCUGUAGCAACUCACACAGCCUGUCACAGCCUGUAGCAACUCACACAGCCUGUAGCAACUCACACAGCCUGUAGCAACUCACACAGCCUGUAGCAACUCACACAGCCUGUAGCAACUCACACAGCCUGUCACAGCC